AGCAGAGGCGGAGCCUGGAGAGACUCAAGACGCGAAGCCUAUCACAGAGUCUGUCACUGCUCACAAUGCUGCUUACCUGCGCGCCUCCCUCACCUGGACCGUCUGCGACAGAGAAAAUCAGAUGAAUUAUGAUGAGGAUAUUAUUUUUCUCUGGGCAUUUUUCGACGAAGGGACGAAGCAGUAGAGCUGAGCUGAGACAAAGUUUAAGUUCAUUUAUUCCAAAAAGAAAAUAACAGCAGCAGAAGCUCCGAGGCCAAACAGGAACAAACCCCAGAGACCCUGUGAUACCUACUAAAACUGGGGGUAAUGAAAGAUUUCCCAGAGUGAAGAUAAGAGGCAAAUACACAGGUUUCAUCUCCACAAACCUCAGAGACGUACAAAUAGACUUUGGCCUGCAGCCAUACCUCCCUGGAACUUCUUCCUUCACCAAACUGCUCUCCUGUCAACACUCCCUCUCUCACUCGGCCCUCCCCCCAUCUCACCAGCAUUUAUCUCCCCCCACUGCUCCUCUGCCUCUGCACGGAGUCGAUGAUGUUGUUUUCUUUGCGCUUGUCUUUGACUGUCCUCCAUGGGAAGUACCUGGCAGCGGAUGCAUGUGGCAGGCUUCUGCCUGGACACGUCUGUCUCCCCCUCUCUGCUGCCUCCUCGGCCACGCAGCGUGAGAACUGCAGUAUCCAUGGCGAUGAAGGAGGUUUUUUCAAUGUAUCACCAACUGAGCAUGUGCUAAUCUUCCCCGCCGCAACCAAAGGAUAGUGAACAACACUGUGUGUGGCUGACCACGUCCAGAAUCCUGCACCUGCACCCGCUGCUCACAUGGCCCACCCUUACGAGCCCUGGUUACGGACAGCACCACCUAGUGGCAGCUCAGAAGACAUGAACAUCCCCUCCUGGUGGGACCUCCACAGAGAUGUCCAGCCGGGGAGCUGGAUAGACCUGCAGACGGGUCAGGGUGUAGGCUUGCCUUCAGUGAGUCCAGGGAGCUCCAUGGGGUUGCAGCCCUCUUUAGGGCCUUACGGCUCUGACCCACAGCUGUGCGCCCUGCCUCCAGCUCAACAUGCUCCAGCUUCACAUUCAUCUCACCUGUUCCCCCAGGACGGCUUCAAGAUGGAGCCACUGGCCCCUGAAAUGUUGCAGCAAGAACCGUUCUCCCUGGAGGAACCACAGGAGACCUCUGUCUCAGCCCGGCCCAAGCCCCAGCGCCGCUCCUCUUCCAGAGGUGCCGGCCAGGCCGUGUGUCGCUGCCCUAACUGCGUCCACGCUGAACAGCUGGGCCAGAGCACUGACGACAGCAGGAGGAAGCACAUGCACAACUGCCACAUCCCCGGCUGCGGCAAAGCCUAUGCUAAAACCUCCCAUUUGAAGGCGCACCUACGAUGGCACAGCGGGGACCGGCCGUUUGUCUGCAACUGGCUCUUCUGUGGCAAGAGAUUCACGCGCUCUGAUGAACUGCAACGCCACCUGCAGACGCACACCGGAGCCAAGAAGUUCAGCUGCGCACUAUGCCCCAGAGUCUUUAUGCGGAACGACCACCUGGCCAAGCACAUGCGCACACACGAGUCCCCGCCAGGACAUGCCGAGGAGAGGGUCAACGGAGACGGCAGGAUGGACAAGGGCUUCGAUGCAACCACACCUCCUCAGUCGUCCUCAAACGUGUCUGCGUCUGACAGCGCAGAGCCGCCGCUGAAGCUGAAAUGUGAGACAGACCCCUCAGUCUCCAGUGUGACGGGGCAGUCCAGCUAAUUUCAUCAUUCACCAAAGGUUUACCAUCUGUUCCCCUCUUCGUCCUAGAGGUGUCACAGUUUUUAUGAUAGGAUAGAGAAAAGAAGAAAGGUUUGGACAAACCUUUCCUGAUGAAAGCUGGAUGGAAGUACAUGUCUGUGGUCCUGUGAAUUUAUCAACUGGGUUAAUUAACCCAGUGAUAAACUAAAUGUUACAACACAGAAAAAAAACAUGAAUUUUACUGAUUCUGUGGAUAAAACUUUAUUCUGUGUUUACUAAAGGUGAAAGGUGGCUUAGGAGGCAGCCGGCUGAAGCUGCAGCUUGUGGCCAGACUUCCAUUGCUGCUAGAGCUCAAGUUCAACUGAAGGUGGCUUGUUAACUUUGUUUACAAUGACAUCAAUCAAAUGUGUUUAUAAAGGAGUUGGGGCAGUGUUUGCCUCCGACACAGUUUAACCAUUUUCAAGGGCAGCGUGCCUUCGAACAGAGAGAAAGCAGACAGUGGUGAUGUUUUCCUUUUGUCACCGUAUGAGAGUAGCCUACUGCACAAGUUGUGAUGAGACACUGGAAUAUGAUGCAGCAUUUUCUAAUUUUUUAGAGGUCAUUAGCCAUUUGGACACUUGACAGUACAGACCACUGAACUGGGUGUGUGUAUGAUGGUAUCUAAGUAAUGAAAAUGGUACAAAAACUAAAUGAAAGUACAAACAAGACAAGAAUGCUGUGCCAUGGCAGUGUCCUGUGAUGUUAUACGAUGAAUGCUAAUGUGAUGUUGAUCAUAUAAUAUAAUAUAACAUAAUAUAAUACAAUAUAAUAUAAUAUAAUAUAAUAUAAUAUGAUAUAAUAUACUAUAUAUAAUAUAAUAGAUGACACUUAUUAAUGAGAAUGAUCAUACAGUAGGAGAAUGUGAACAUGUGUUGAAGUUACCUGAUGGAACACAGCAAUGCAAAGAAUCACUAAGUUCUACCAAUGAUGUGAAACGGUAAACUCACAAAUCCUCACUGACUGAACUGGAAAAAUGAAAAGUGGUCACAGCAGCUGAAGACCUCUGCCAGGUAAGAAGAAUUAGAUGAAGCAGUGGCAGUCUGUUGUGGCAUGCUUAUGACAGCGGCCAAAUCUUGUAUAAACACGACUCCACAGAUCCACCCAGUCAGGACAGGUUGCUGGCGUUGACUGAAACUUCCAGCACAAAGUAGCACUUCAUUACAUCACAGGUCCAAAAACGUAGUUUAAUCCAGUGGCCUAUGCGGUGCUCAAAUUUAAAGCUGCACUAGUCGAUAUUUUUUUGGGAUCAACAAUGGAUCAAAUGACUGAGUAAUGUGAAAGUUGUUGGUCACAGUGACAAACUAACAGCUAAUUAUCACCCAACUCUGCAGCUCCCUUCACUUGCACCUUUGGCAUAUUCAAGCUCACUGUUUGGCUAUCUGGUCCACAGUGUUACUGUUUUGGUGCAGUCUCACUCAUAGUGCGAAUUAUACAAUGACAAUCAGGAGGGGUCAACUUCUUCUCCAGGGUGAAAGGGCACUGAACUGAAGUCUUACAGUACAAGUAUGUCAAAAUUGUACUUAAGUACAGUACGUAGAGUAAAUGUACUUGAUUACUUUCCACCACUGCUAAUACGAUUACUUGGCCCUCAGCACACAUGGAUUCUAAUAUUGUUCAAAUACCCAACCAGAUAAAACUCAAUUCCUGAGUGAAAAUAAAGGCAUGAACAUGGGAAAUAUUUUUGUAAUAUUUGCUAUACAGGUAAGAAAGAGUUUCAAUCGUCUUUUUUUCCCCCCUCUUUUGGGGUCCAAGUCUUAAUCAAUGUGGGCAAACCCCCCCCCCCCCAGCAGCUGGUGUCAGCAAAAAAAGUUCUGAUAAAGCCACUGUAGGCCAAUUGACUAGAUCCAAACAGCAGACAGGCAAAUAAAUUAAUAAAAUAAAAAAAAUUGAUGCUGUUUUUGUAUCAUAAAUGUGCAGCAGAAAAUCUUAAUGGAGCGGAAUUCAUGCCUCAAAAGGUUUAGGCUUCUGUGGAAGCAAACAGUUGUCCUACCAAUAUUAUCCAGCUGUUCCUCAUGAAGUGGCUUCAUGCAGCUCUUCCAAAUAUCAUGAACUCAAUAACCAUUUGCAUGUUGGAUCAAGCUGUGGUCCCAGUCAUGAUGAAUGAGUGAAGGGCUUCUCUCUCAACACAUUUCAUUAGCGGAUGUUGGUGCGUCAGUUUUUCCGUGCUCAACACUGACAAAUCAUUCUGCAAAAUGCGUUGUUGUAACAUGACAACCUUCUGACUAGCGUUUGAUUAGCAUGCAGAGAAAGACUGUAAUAAAAUGUAGUUGUACAAUGCACAAACCAGAAAAUUGUUUAGGUUAUUUGUUCUGGAUAGUUAACAUUCAUAAUCAAUACUGUAUGAUCAAUAGUUCUGUAGGAAGCAGUGUGAGCAGCUUUACAGUUUAAAACACUAUUAGGAUGUAUGUAAACCAUCACAGACAUUAGGCUAAGAUUUCUAUAAACUAGGGAGCUUGCAUUAUUGGAGGCACACGAUUGCUGUAUUUAUGUAUAGAAGAUAAGAAAUGGAAGAUAGUGCUUAAACAUCAGCCAAUUAUUACAUAUUGACUAUUAUUUUAUUUUAUUUUUUUAAUGUUAUUAUAGAUAGACUCAUGAUAUUUUCUUUUAUUAUGGUCAGUAGAACAAAAUGGACAAAUGUUUUUAAUUGGUUGCUGUAGUAAAUGUUUUAGUUGUGGAGACUGUAAUAAAAUAAGUUCAAAAACUUUGAAUAAGUUAAAUAUCAUGGUGUAAUAACUUGUAUUUAAUCUAUUA